UGCCCGGGCAGAGGCGCCGAGGGUCCGGCCCCAGCGCGCAGCGGAGCCCAUGGAGCCCGGCGGCGGCAAGCGGCCGCGGGACGGAGCAGGCAGAGGCCCGAUCGCCAUGAAGAAGACGCACACAUCACAAAUAGAAGUGAUCCCGUGUAAGAUCUGCGGGGACAAAUCGUCAGGGAUUCACUAUGGGGUCAUCACCUGUGAAGGCUGCAAGGGUUUUUUCCGCAGAAGCCAGCAGGGCAACGUGACGUACUCUUGCACCCGCCAGCAGAACUGCCAGAUCGACCGGACCAGCCGCAACCGCUGCCAGCACUGCCGGCUGCAGAAAUGCCUCAGCCUGGGGAUGUCCCGAGACGCCGUCAAGUUCGGCCGCAUGUCCAAGAAGCAGCGCGACAGCCUCCACGCCGAGGUACAGAAGCAGCUGCAGCAGCAACAACAGCAGCAGCAGCAAGGCGGCGAAGUGGUGGCCCCGGCCUACUCCCUGGGCCUGGCUAACGGGCAACUCAAGCUGGCCUCCUCCCCGGACCUGCUGGAGUCCUCCGCCUGCUCCACGGCCCUCCUGAACGGACAGGCGCGCCUGAGCCACUCUCCGGACGAGACAGCGGUUCUGGCCUACCCCAACGGACUGGCCAAGGGCCACAGCCGGCUGAGCGACAACCUGCGCGGCCCCUUCGCCAGGGACUACAGCCCCGAGCGGAUCAAGAUGGAGAGCAGGGCCAGCGUCUUCUACGCCCUGGAGAUGCAGGCGUCGCCGGACCUCUCCCGGCUGGACAUCGGCGGGGGCAAGCGGGGCCAGGCCGGGGGCGACGUCGGGGAGACCGUCGACUUCUACACGAGUCCCAACUUCACCAGCCUCCUGGAGUCGCCCAAUUCCUCGGUGACUGAGAUCGAGCACCUGACCCAAAAUGUCCUCAAGUCCUACCGGGAGACCUGCCAGCUGCGCCUGGAAGACCUGCAGCUCUUGAGGCUGGAGACGUUCUCGUGGGAGGAAGUCAGGAGCUACCAGAAGAAGUCCAUGGAGGAGAUGUGGGAACGCUGUGCCUGCCGCAUCACGGAAGCCAUCCAGUACGUGGUGGAGUUUGCCAAGCGGAUGGGCGGCUUCAUGGAGCUGUGCCAAAAUGACCAGAUCGUGCUUCUGAAAGCAGGCGCCAUGGAAGUGGUUCUGGUGCGAAUGUGCCGUGCCUUUAAUUCGGAGAACAGGACGGUCUUCUUCGAGGGCAAAUAUGCAGGCCCCGAGCUCUUCAAAUCGCUUGGGUGCAACGAGCUCAUCAACUCCAUCUUCGACUUCGCUCACAGCCUGUGCUCGCUGCACUUCUCCGAGAAUGAGAUCGCCCUCUUCACCGCCCUGGUGCUCAUCAACUCAAAUCGGCCGUGGCUGCAGGAGAAGGGCAAGGUGGAGAGGCUGCAGAAUAACCUGGAACUGGCCUUUAAACACAUGUUACGGAAAACCCACCGGGAAGGCAUCCUGGCCAAGCUGCCGCCCAAAGGGAAGCUGCGCAGUCUGUGUUACCAGCACGUGGAGAAGCUGCGGUCCUUCCGGCAGAUGUACCCCAUCAUCGUCCACGCCGUGUUCCCCCCGCUCUACAAAGAGCUCUUCAGCUCCGAGUGCGAGCUCCAGGGAGCGGUGGCAGAAUGAUCCCCGCGGGAGGCCGGUGCCCAGAGACCGACUCCCAUCUCGCGCCGGUCUGUCACCCCCGCCACCCCGGGAUGGGAGGUUGCGGGGGAGAGGGGGGUGGACCAAAUUAGAACCUGCUCCCUCCCAUCCCCUCCCAAACAGCACAGCAGAGGGCUGCGGUGCAGGAGGGGGUGCGGGCAAGUGAUCAGAGCAGAGAGCUGGGAGCCAGGACUCCUGGGUUCCAUGCCCGCCUCUGCCACCAACCUGAGCAAGUCACUGCCCCUUUCUCUGCGCCUCGUUCCUCUCUCUACAAUGCAGAGGGGAGGGAGAUCCCCUCCCACACACUCCAUGGAGGUGGUGGGGUGAUGCUUAAAUAACCUUGUGCAGCUCUUUGAGGGUCUCAGCUGGCAGGUGCUACCGAGGCACAAAGUAUUACUGGGGAGACGCCCCAAGCCGAGACCCCAGUGGGGCUGAGAUCAAGGAGGUCGCUAGCUUUUGCUGUAACAUAUUCAGGGCCAAGGAAAAUACACUGCCCACCAUAUUACUCCAGUGACUAGAAUCUAGUGACCGGCCCGGGUAGUUCAAAUACCUCAAUUUUUAUUUUUAUUUUUAUUUUUUUUUGGUGUCCUUACAGAUUUAUGGCAGGAGACUUUUUAACCAAGCUGUUUUAAAAUAAUAAUUGUACAUAACAUAGAGAUCUAUUUUUAAACGUUUGCCUUUACGUCUAUUCUGCAGCGCCAGGGGA